AUGCAUCCAAGCAGACUAGCUAAUUUCCACGCCAGCAAUCCCUCAAACGACUCUGGGACCAAUUCAUCAUCUACAGCUAAGAUCGGCAAUGCUCAACCUCCAGUGAACAGCGGUGCGAACAGUGUACCCCUCCGAGCGACAGUACGAAAACGUAGGGUACCAGUGUGGAAUCUCCCCCUCAAACCCCUGAGUAGGACAGCUCGUAGGAAAAAGAAAGCGGAAGAUAAGAAGAAAGCGAAGUUUUACGGUAAUCCCAUCAAUACUCCUGCUGGAUCAGCAUUUGCGUCUGGGGUUGAGCCUGAAGGGCGACCGAGGAAACGAAGAUCUGCGAUAGUAGCGGAAGGAGUGAUCAGAGAUCAUCUGGAACGGGAUCCAAGCGGUACUAGUGGUCCAAUUGAUGAAGAAGUUCCCAUCCAAGAGCAACGCAGGAUCGAUGACCUAGAAGCCAGUAUACAAUAUAGAGAUCAGAGACCGAGCAGGAGAAGCUCUGCGAUCAUAGCAGAACAGGUCAUCAGAGAGGAAGCGGAAAACCGCCUACAAGGCUCAACUGGGCAAGACCAUCAUAUCAAUAUCCGAUUUAUUCGCGUGGUCAAUAGUCAGGCUCAUCCAGCCGACGGAUCUCAGAACGGCAAUACCAUAACAGCCCGGAAUACGGAAAAGGAGCAGAAUACGAAGAAGAGAAAGAAAGAUAAGGGUAAAAGGAAACAGGAAGAUUCGGAAUCAAGGAGUCAGAGGACGGACAAGAAGAGAAAGAGCAGAAGGGCAAGCAGAAGCGAGGCAAAGAUAGCAUUGAGUUAG